AUGCCGAGACCACGCUUGAGAUUGGGUGAGCACGGCAACAUCGAAGCCCGCCAACUCCCAACGGGACAAUGGGUCGCGUCCUGCUGGAUCCGCGACCCAGACGGCAAACGACGCCGAGUCCGCAAAUACACCCCCAAAGGCGAACGAUCAUCGAAGACAGCCGCCAAAACGCUGCUCUCCGACUACCUCGCCGUCCGACAAAUCUAUGGCGAAUCCGACCACAUCAACGGCAAAUCCACCGUCUCCGACCUCUGGGACGAAUACCGGGCGCAACUCGUCGAGAAAGACCGCGCCUCCAACACCCUCCGCGACUACGACCGACAAAUCGUGUCAAUCCUCGAACGCUUCGGACAAGUCCCCAUCCCAGAAGUCACUACGCAAGCCGUCGACCUGUUCAUCCGAGACGUAGCAGCGAACCGCGGCGUACCCACCGCCAAAAAGGUGCGAACGAUCAUCUCGGGGAUGUUCAAGAUUGCGGUGCAGUUCCAAGCAGCCGAAGUGAACCCCAUCCGGGAAAUCUCGGACAUCUCAGGGAAACGGAAGAAGCGGGCCAAGUCCCUCGACGCCCAGUCCCUAGCCGCACUGCUGCACGACCUUCGCACAUCGACACUGCCAUGCCCCGUGAUCCUGGCGCCGUACCAAAUCGCACGCGGGCAGAAGACCACCGACAAAGAUGUCCCCACCGUCGCCGACUACUGCCGCAAGAACGGGAUGGUCGACAUCAUCACCAUGUUCGCCGCCACCGGCUGUCGCAUCGGCGAACUCCUCGCGAUCCGCUGGCAAGACAUCAACCUCGACACCAAGACAGUCGCAGUGACAGGCCAGAUCGUUCGGAUCCGCGGCAAAGGACUGGUGCGACAGGACCUGACGAAGUCGGAGGCCGGCGACGACCGAGACCUUCCGCUGCCAGAGUUCGCGAUGACCAUGCUUCGCGGACGCAGUCAGGAUUCGGUGUACGUGUUCGAGUCCUUGGCGGGAACGAUUCUGGAUCCGGAGACGGUCGGCCGGCGGUGGCGUCAGAUCCGGGCAGCACUCGACUUGGAGUGGGUUACCUCGCACACCUUCCGCAAGAGUGUCGCGACGAUCUUGGACGAGGAAGGGUUGACCGCGAGGCAGGCUGCGGACCAGCUCGGGCACGCUCAGGUCAGCAUGACUCAGGACGUGUACUUCGGUCGGGGGAAGGUGCAUACUGCUGCUGCGGACGCGCUGGAUGCUGCGGUUUCUGGGAAGAAGUCGGGGCGCGAAAGUGGAACG